GCGCCGCCGGGGGGCCGAGCGUGUCCACCUGCCGGCCCCGCCGCCCGUCAGUCCCGCCAUGGCGCUCGGCGGGGUCGGUCGCGGCGGUUCGGUGCGGGCCGCUUGGCCGCGGUUGCUGCUGGCGGCGUUGGCGGCGGCGCUGGCGCUGGCGGGGCCGGCGCUGCCCGAGGUGCUGUUCCGCUGCCCGCCCUGCACGGCGGAACGACUGGCCGCUUGUUCCCCGGCCGCCCGACCGCCCUGCCCCGAGCUGGUGAGGGAACCGGGUUGCGGCUGCUGUCCGGUGUGCGCCCGCCUGGAGGCCGAAGCGUGCGGCGUGUACACACCGCGUUGCGCCGCCGGUUUGCGCUGCUACCCCGACCCCGGAGCCGAGCUGCCCCUGCAAGCCUUGGUGCAGGGACAGGGCACCUGCGCCCGACGCCGAGACACGGCCGAGUACGGAGCCAGCGCCGAGCGACCCGCAGACAAUGGUGAUGACCGGGUUGAGAGCAUCCUUGCUGAGAACCACGUGGACAGCACUGGGGGGAUGUUGAGCGGAGCCAGCAGCAGGAAACCCAUGAAAACAGGCAUGAAGGAGCUGGCGGUGAUGAGGGAGAAGGUGAACGAGCAGCAGCGGCAGAUGGGCAAAGUGGGCAAGGCCCAUCACAACCACGAGGACUCAAAGAAGUCACGGAUGCCGACAGGCAGGACCCCUUGUCAGCAGGAGCUGGAUCAGGUCCUGGAGCGCAUCUCUACCAUGCGGCUGCCGGAUGAGCGAGGUCCCCUGGAGCACCUCUACUCCCUCCACAUCCCCAACUGUGACAAGCAUGGCUUGUACAACCUCAAGCAGUGCAAGAUGUCGGUGAAUGGGCAGCGUGGUGAGUGCUGGUGCGUGGACCCCAUCCAUGGGAAGGUGAUCCAGGGUGCGCCCACCAUCCGCGGGGACCCCGAGUGCCACCUCUUCUACACAGCCCAUGAGCAGGAGGACCGGGGAGCACACGCCCUGCGGAGCCAGUAGAUGGAUGCGAUCCUGCUUGCUGUGGCCCCGGUGCUGGAUUUUUACAUGGGUUUCAGCAUGUCUCUUUUAAGCUCUGGAAGAGACCGGGGUUGAGUCCUGUGUGCUGCCCUCCUGCUGCCCCAGUUUCUGGGGAGGGAAGAGAUGACAGGAGGGGAAGGGUGGGGGGGGGAGGUUGCAAGGAGAAGGGACUGCUUUCCUAUAGUCUUUUGCCCAAUGUCAGCCAGAGAACCAGUCUUUUUUGCUCCUCGCCCCGUGGCCCUGCCCUCCCUGCUGCUUUGUGGCAUCUUCCUGCAGGCAAAACACCUUUACCAUGGGUGGGAGGGGGAAAGAGAAAAAAAGAAACAAACAACAAAGUUCCAUUUCCCUCUUCCUCCCUCCCUUCCCCGAGACCAAAGACUGUAAAUACUGCCUCUUGUGUCCUGCCUGUCCCCUGUGCAUUGGUCCUGGUGUGGGAUGUGGUGCAGGAGGGAGGGAAGGAGGAAAGUCCCCACUUUCCAGUUGGAGAGUGGAAGCGUGAUGGGGCUGCGUCCCUCGAGGGGGCAUCGCCAGGGGAUAGGGAUGAGGCAGCCCCCCUGAACCACCCCUGGUUGCAGCCACCCCUGCUGCUCUGGGAGGAUGGGGCCUUUGGGUGACUGUGGAGCUGAAUGUUUGGUUUUCUGAGGGGUUUGGAGGGCUGCUGCCCAGUAUUUCUUAGGAUUGGCUUAAGCUGAGGGAGCUAAAGUGAACUUGCCGGGGCUGGGUGGAAGGAUGCCUGUGUAGAUUUAGGAUAAUAAGCCAGGGAGUGUCUCUCUUUCUUUCUUUCUAGAUAGGAAAAACCCAUCUAAAACCUGCACUCCCAGCAGCUGCUCUUGUCCCUCCAUUUUCGCUUGGGACAAGAGUGAGCAUCUGCUUUUCAGCGCACACUUUUUUAUUGUAAGUACAGUAUAUAUCAUGCUUUGUAAAGGCCCAGACACACGCACCCCUCUGCCCACGUGCAUGUUUGUAUAGGUUAAAUCCAAGCAGUUGCAGGCGCUCUGAGAUGUUUUGCACUGGAUGUGCCGCUCUGAGGACCGAUGUGUCUCUGCCAUUACUUCACCUGUUGAUUUCUUUCUGUACAGAACACACCGACGCUGAGAAUAAAUAACUUCCCUGUCGCCGAAGCAAGGAGACUUUUUCUUCCUUCCCCCCAUUUUUAAUGUGGAUUCAAUUUGCAAAACAAUUGCAAACAUCCUUAUCUUUACUACAGUUAAGGGGAGAUGUGGAGUUUUUUUGUGGGACCUUGGGCAAGGCUGGGAAGGACCCACAGAGGAGUUGAGGGGUGCUGCCAACAUGCUCCCCUUGGGGCUGUGGGACAAACACCACUCACCUGGGGGCUUGGGGCUGGGGAAAAGAAAGCAAAAAGCCCCAAACUCUGCAGUAAUGGGAGUGCUGGGGUUUGUUGCUGUUUUCUUUCCUCCUACACCCCCCCUUUCUUUCCCAAAAUUUUCCAAGCGCAAAGAGCAUGGACAGUUUGUGCAGAUUGAACCCCUCGUGUCCUUGCAGGAGUUUGGAAGCGUCAGUGGAGGAGAAAAGGAAAAUGCUUUGAGGCUGUGGUGGGAAAGUGAUAGAAAGGAGUGUGUGUAUGAGAGAAAGGGGGAGUGAGAAUGAAUCAGGGAGAAAGAGAACGUACCUGAACGCAGAACUGUGUAACUGUAAAAAUGAUGCUACCUAUCUUCUCUUAACAGCCCACGAUGUUCAGCUUUUCCAUGUAAACCAUGCACGCUCUGGCUGUCAGCUGCAGUUUGUACUUUUUGUUUUGUUUAGGAACCAGGAAGUUUUCUUUUUGUGUUUUUCUUUUCUCUUUGGGAGAAGCUGAGCUGCAUAAAGUUGGAAUAAAUUAAAUGGGAUGCCAGAAAACUGUCAUCUUCCCCCUCCCCAACCUUCUCUAUUAAAUAGAGCAUGUUUUCUUGCCUGA